AUGGAGGUUAAUACCGCACCGCCCGUUUACCAGAACGACAAGAUUGUAGAGAGAAAGGAAGAGUCUCUUUACGAGGAGGAAGGUCAGCUUAAGCCUGGUGAAGUCCAAGAUGCCUUUGGUAACGAGGAAAAUGCCGAGAUCAAGUACAAAACAUUGAAGUGGUGGCAAUGUGGUCUGCUCAUGAUAUGCGAGUCAGUGUCGCUGGGUGUGCUCUCACUACCCUCUGCUAUGGCAAUACUGGGCAUAGUCCCCGGCGUUAUCUUGAUCAUUGGUCUUGGGCUUCUCGCAACCUACACUGGCUAUAACAUUGGCCUAUUUCGAGAACGGUACCCACACAUUCAGAACCUAGGUGAUGCCGGAGAGAUAUUACUUGGCAAGUUCGGUCGCGAGCUCUUCGGUACUGGUCAAUUUCUCUUCUGUCUCUUCAUUAUGGGAAGCCAUAUCCUCACCUUCCGUAUUAUGAUGAAUACUGUCACCAACCACGCCACCUGCUCUAUACUAUUUAGUAUAAUUGGCAUGGUCAUUUCUAUCGUCCUCUGCCUGCCACCCCCCCCUGGUACUAUUAUCCAGGCCACCACAGAGACAACCCUCUACACAGGCUUCCAAGCCGUCUCAAAUAUCGUUUUCGCCUACUGCGCCCACGUCGCCUUCUUCGGUCUAAUCGCGGAGAUGGAAACACCCCAAAACUUCAAAAAGUCUCUCUUCAUGCUCCAAGGCUUUGAGAUUUGCCUCUAUCUCACCGUCGCCAUCGUCGUCUACUUCUACAUCGGAACCGAAGUGACAUCCCCGGCCUUCAACUCCGCCGGCCCACUAAUGAGCAAAAUAGCCUUCGGAAUCGCCAUCCCAACAAUAAUCGGCGCCGGCGUCGUCAAUGGCCACAUCGGUCUCAAAUAUAUCUACUUCCGCAUCUGCACGAACAUGAAGUCCGAUCUCCUUCACCAGCGUAAUAAGCGCUCUGUCGGUCUUUGGGUCGGUCUCGGUAUCUCUUGUUGGACUGUUGCGUGGAUUAUUGCCGAAGCUAUCCCCGUCUUCAGUGAUUUGAAUGGAUUGAUUAGCGCUCUCUUUGCUAGUUGGUUUAGUUAUGGUCUCUCGGGUGUUUAUUGGUUGCAUCUUAAUUAUGGUCAGUGGACUGCUUCGCCGAGGAAGAUUGCUCUUAUGGUUUUGAAUAUGGCUAUCGCUUGCUUUGGUCUUAUUCUUUGUGUGCUUGGGCUGUAUGCUUCUGGUACGGCUAUUAGUGCCAAUUCCAAUAGCAACAGCUUUACCUGCAAGAAUACUGAUACUUAG